AUGGCUUCAAAACGAUUAAUCAAAGAGCUCGACGCGUAUCGACGCGAUCCCUCUCCAGUAGUCCCACGACUUGAACCUCAGAGUGACGACAACCUCUUUUCCCUCAUCGCUGACCUCAAAGGACCCGAGGGAACAGCAUACGAAGGCGGCCUCUGGACCCUCCAAAUCACCGUCCCACAAACAUAUCCCAACAACCCUCCAGAAAUUACCUUCCGCACCCCAUGCUGCCACCCCAACAUCAAUUUCAAAACCGGCGAGAUUUGUUUGGAUUUGUUGAAAAGUGCUUGGACUCCUGCGUAUAGUAUCGUCAAGACAUUGGAGGCUGUACAGAUGCUGCUGGGUUCCGAGGGUAAUCCGGAUAGUCCGUUGAAUAUCGACAUUGCGAAGUUGUUGAGGGCGGGGGAUGUUUUGGGUGCGGAAGGGCUGGUGAGGUUUUACACACGUAUGCUUGCUAUGGGAAGGUGA